AUGGUCAAGGAAGGGAUUGUGCUUGGGCACAAGAUUUCAGAGAAGGGAAUUGAAGUGGACAAGGCUAAGAUUGAGGUUAUGGUCAGUUUGCCUCCACCUAAGACAGUGAAAGAUAUCAGAAGUUUUCUUGGACAUGCUGGUUUCUACAGGAGGUUCAUCAAAGACUUCUCCAUGAUCACUAGACCAUUGACCAGGUUGCUUUGUAAGGAAGCCACUUUCAGCUUUGAAGUAGAGUGUCUUGAGGCCUUCAAGAAGCUGAAAAAUGAACUCAUCAGUGCCCCCAUAGUCCAACCACCUGAUUGGGAUCUCCCCUUUGAGAUCAUGUGUGAUGCUAGUGAUUAUGCUGUGGGAGCUGUACUAGGGCAGAAGAAGAAUGGAAAAAAACUCAUGUGA